GCAAUCAGUUGUCAAAACUGUCAAAUCUAGGUGUUUGCACUUUACAGUUUAUCGAAAUUAUUUUCUCAAAAUAAAUUAAGUUUUCAGUUAUUUUCAUUUUGUUAUCAUAUUCUAUACCAUCGAAACUAAUAUGACUGAACAACAAAUGGAUUGUGCGUUGGACUUGAUGCGGAGGCUGCCUCCCCAACAGAUCGAAAAGAAUCUGACGGACUUAAUAGACCUCGUGCCUAAUUUGUGUGAGGAUCUGCUAUCAUCAGUGGACCAGCCCUUGAAGAUCGCGCAGGACCGAAGCAACGGCAAAGACUACCUUUUGUGCGAUUAUAACAGAGAUGGAGACUCGUACAGAUCUCCUUGGUCGAACACUUACGACCCGCCAUUAGAGGAUGGGUCUAUGCCAUCCGAAAAGUUGAGGAAAUUAGAAAUUGAGGCCAAUUAUGCAUUUGAUCAGUAUAGAGAAAUGUAUUUCGAGGGUGGGGUGAGCUCAGUGUACUUAUGGGACAUGGAUCAUGGGUUUGCAGGAGUGAUCCUGAUUAAAAAGGCCGGCGAUGGCUCCCAGAAGAUCAAAGGUUGCUGGGACUCCAUCCACGUGGUGGAAGUUGUGGAGAAGAGUUCAGGACGUAACGCACACUACAAGCUCACUUCCACCGCCAUGCUCUGGCUGCAGACGAACAAGGAGGGUAGUGGAACUAUGAACUUGGGAGGCAGUCUUACUAGACAGGCUGAGCAAGACUCCGCGGUCAGUGACGUGACCCCCCACAUAAUAAACAUUGGCCGCAUGGUGGAAGACAUGGAGAACAAGAUUAGGAAUACACUCAAUGACAUUUAUUUUGGCAAGACCAAAGACAUAGUGAACGGGCUCCGCUCGGUGGUGCCGGCCGACGUGGCGCGCCGCACCGCCGCGCUGCAGCACGACCUGGCGCUGGCGCUGCAGCGCCGCCACGUUGCGCGUCACGACUAACAGGUGGGAGAAAAGAAAUGGAUAAACUCGGGCAAUAUAGAAUUUCUAGAAACAACUUCUUCAACAUCACAAGCAUAUUCAUUGUACCAACGAACUGCAUAACUGACUAUGUAAAACAAGUAUACAAGUUUGUGUGAUUUACACAAUGAUUCCAGCCAGACCCCAAAGUUAAUAUGUACUGGCAAUACUAAAUUCAUAUCUUUUUGGUCAUUUAUUUACCCAGAAAUCAACAAAAAAAAUGAAAGUGCAACGUUUAGGCUGGUUUUAGUGUCACGCGGACUGUCAGUGCGGAUCGCUUCGCACAGCCGAUCUGUAUGAACUGCUAGGGAGCGGAGCGGUUCCUCCGGACCGCAUUACUCUAAAACGCUCCCUAGAAGUUCAUACAGAUUGGCCGUGCGGAGCAGGUCUGCACCGGACGGUCCGCGUGACACUAAAACCAGCCUUACUGCUAUGUGAUUAAAAUUACAACUCCCUAUUUCGUAUAAAAUGCGACCAUAUGCAUAAAUAUUUGUUCAGAACAUCCUAUAUCAUAGGAACUAAACAGACAGGCCUACUGUAUUUCCAUUUCUCCCAGAAUUUUAUAUGCUUGUGAUUAGUAUAUAGAAAACUUCGAAAACUUAUGAUGACUAUGUAAAAGAAUUAGACAUAGCAAAUUCUAUUGAAGAUUGUAAAAUUAUUUUAGCAUAAGUGUCAAUGCUACCACAGUGGUGCUUUGAAAUAUAGUCCAUUAUAUUUCUGUAUUUUCUUCAAGGAUACAUUAAAAUUGUGUAAAUUGUAAUAUAAAAAUCUAGGUCACCUUUGUCAAAAUUUUACUGUAAUCUCAUUUUUUAUUAUGAUUUCUUGAUUAUUUCGCCCAUGUUGUCCAUCUCAUCAGCGAUUGCAUUUUUAUUGCUUACAUUUAGUAUUCUUUUAUUGUAAAUUAGAUAAUCUUGUAUUUGUAAAUUAAGGAUUAAGUAAGAGAACACUUAUAAAAAUUUAGUAGGUAAUAUUAGUUAUAACA